GUGCUCUUCUCCGCCGCUUGGACCGACCAUGGAGGCCGAAACCCCUUCGUCCGGCCAGCGACUCCGCCUGGGGUCCAACCGGUCGCGCCGGGGUUGUAUCACCUGCCGGAUUCGACGCAUCAAAUGUGAUGAGCAGAAGCCGCUCUGUCUCCGAUGUACGAGUACGGGGCGGAGAUGCGACGGUUAUAUGCCCAUGCCGUACUCGUUGCGCAUCGCAAAGCAGCUGGCCCAGAUGACUGCAUUUGUCACUCCGGCUGAAGCCCGGGCUCUGGAAUUCUUCUUUCGCAAAUCCGCCGGGCAUCUGGCCGGGUACUUUGGGGUCUCGUUCUGGACCCGCACUGUCUUGCAACUCAGUCUGACCGAACCCACUAUCCGCCAUGCCAUUGCUGCUAUUGGCUUGCUUUAUGAAGCGGAAGGGACUUCCGCGGCUCUAAUGACAGUCGGCCCGCCAACUUCGCGCACCGACCUAGCCCUGCAUCUGUAUAAUCGGGCCAUUCGCACCACCAUAGACAAGGCCUCAACGGGCAUCGACGCUUUGCCCCUGGUCAUCACGGCGAGCGUUCUGUUUGCGUCCCUCGAAUUCCUUUUCCAGGAUGCCUUUGCAGCUGCUUCGCACGUCGUCAAUGGUCUCAAUCUGGUGCGGACAUGGCGCCAGCAUCGAGGCCGACCCAAAGAGUUGGGAACUUCUCGGGCGCACUGGGUGGAUAUGGAAUUGACUCCGAUCUUACUAUGCUUUUCAGUGAACACGUAUGAGCACGCUGGGCUCAAGCACCUGAUCCGUGCACCACGAGAGAAAGUCCAUGUCCACCCCAUGGACGACCGAGGCCAGCUCAUAUUGGGCCGGAGGUUUUCGACGCUCCCCGAGGCGCGUUUAGGCCUCCUAGACCUGAUCCUAUACUUGAUUGGAACUUUUCAAGACUGGGAUCAGCUGACCAAAGAAGCGCGGCUUCCGUCCCCACCCCUUACGAGCUGGGCGGUUUCGGUCCAACAGGCGGCGGAACGAUGGAAGGUCACGUUUGAGGCUCUGGUUCAACGGAAGGAGUCGACCUGGGGGCCAGGAGAGAGAAACGAGCUGGAUGCCACCCGCAUGCUGUGGUACUGUAUUCGUUUAGGGACCGAUCGGUACCGCUUUGCGACUGAGUGCGGCUGGGAUGAUUUACGCGCUACGUUCGAGGACAUCGUCGAAAGUGCAGAGCGCCUGCUCGCAGACUCGGAGCAUUAUCCCGACAAACUCUCCAAAACUUUGAAUCUGGACUGCCAAAUGUUAUAUCCCUUGCAGGCUGUCGUCUGGAAGUGUCGCUGGCCGCACAUCCGACGCCGAGGACUGGAUUUGCUGCGGCGGAUUCCGAAGCAAGAGCUGAUUUUCUCUGCCCCAAACUACCACAUCGUCUGCUCUCAGAUUGUGGCAAUGGAGGAGCGCGCUUUAAAUCUGGCUCCAGGGACCGUUCCCAACAAAGACAUGCUCCCGCCGGAUCAUGCCCGGGUGUACGACUUUACAAUCACCCCGGCCUCGGUCACAACGACCGGACACCCUCCAUAUAACAUUACCUUCAAGACCUUCCCACAUGGACGCAACGGCGCACCAGAAUUCCUCACCGAACCAAUACAGCUCCACCCUUCGCUGGCGGGGGGAACAAUGCUCCCAGUCAAUCUGAUGAAAUGUCGAGACUGGUCUAACUACAACCAACCCAAUGACCACGCCGUCGAGGUACUCAAGGGAAUAUGAGUAUGGCCCAGAAAUAGCCAGAGACAAGGCUAUCAUCAUAAAUAGUGCCCCGAUGACUGUGAGCGCGCGCAUGUCGCAUGGUUGGCGAGCAAGUAGCCUAACCCGGCACCCACACUGCAGGUCCGGCAUACCCAGCACCCAACCCGCGAAGCUUAUAUACUCGCCACUGUCCAUCCGACAUGGAACCUAACAUGGUAUUUAUCCGUCGCCCAGGGAAAAUCAAUCAGUCAGCCACGCAGAUGUGUCUGAUACAUGCAUUGCCAUGUCUAGAUAAUUGGCACUCCCGACUCGAGACGAGACAAUCCGUACGGAAUGAUGGCACUGGCAUUAUUCAAUAGUAUAAUUCUAUACAAGAAGAGAAAAAAUCAAACAAAUGAUCUCGGGAU